AACAAACAGGAAAAUGUCUUGAACCGACUUUAACACCCCCUUGUCUAUAUAAAUACAUCCCUUCACAUUUCUCUCUCAUCAAUUCCGGUUUAAUUUUCUCGCUCACAUACUGUUUUUGGCUUUAUUGUCUCUGUUUGUGUAAGCUAGAGAGUUUUGAUCUACAAUGGCUAUGAACGGUUUCGUCACUUUUAUGCUUUUGGCUCUCUUUGCCUCUGCAGCUCUCGGUCAGGCUCCGCGAGCAGCACCGACCGCUUCCCCGACUAAGUCACCUUCGGCUGCACCGGCUCCAAAAACUGCGACUCCAGCUCCUGCUCCAACUAUUCUAGCUCCGACUCAAGGACCACCUGCCUCGGCUCCUGCUCCUGCAACUACUGCUGCUGCUCCCCCGGCCGGAGCCCCCAACUUGAGUCCAGUUAGCUCACCGCCAUCUCCUUUGGCUCCUAGGACUGGUCCUUCAGUGGCUCUUCCUCCAAGUGCAACGGGUCCUGGUACCGCUGAGACUCCAGCUGAGGUUCCUGGAAACGGUGCUGGUUUGAAUAGAAACGGUGUCGCUUUGGCUGUAGUUGGAGCUGCUUGUGUUUGGUCGUUGUUGCUGUAGAUCUGAUCUUGAGGUUGAUCAUCAGUUGCUGAUUUAGGACUUGAUUUAGUAGGAUUUUGAGUCUUAUUUUUUACUAGCUUCUGUUUUUACUCCCCAUGGAGGUGAUGGCGACGUUUCAUAUUUUGACGGUUUAGAUUUGAUUUCUUACUCCGUUAUUUAUUGUUAUUAUUGUUGUUAUAUAUUGCUGAUUAUUAUGGAUUCUUUUUUUUCUUAAAUU